UGUCCCACAUUUUUGGGAGAAUAACUGCGAGAAAUACCGGGGCAGAUUCGCCGUCGGAGAACCAAUUUCGUGCCGAUUAAAGAUCGCGGCAAAGGAUUUCUGCCACAAAGAUAAACCCCAUCUCUCCCUUCAUCCUACUUCACCGGCUUCACUCUUCGGGAUCUGUAAACACCCACUUCAAAAUUUCAACUCCGCUGCUGAUCAGAUUCAGUUCUUUGCUUCGGCAUUUUCGCCUCAUUCAAGUGGAAACUGUAUUCUGGUGGCGAUCAGAAAUCCUGCAAGAGAAUGAGGCGGAGGCCCCCGGAUUUCCGAAGGCCUGCGAGGAGAAGACUAUCCAACACGUUUUGGUGGACUCUGUGUUUGGUUUCGGUUUUGCUCUUCCUUUUCAUUCUGUGCAAAGGGAGUCGGAUUGAGUCCAGGCCCGUCUUAACUAGGAUGUCAUAUAGAAAUGAAAGAAUUGUCGAAGGCCUCAAUGUUACUGAAGAAAUGUUGAACCCCAGCUCUAUAGUCCGGCAACUCAGCGGCCAAAUUUCUCUAGCAAAAGCAUUUGUUGUGAUUGCAAAAGAGAGCAGCAAUCUUCAGUUCGCUUGGGAAUUAAGUGCUCAAAUUCGGAAUUCACAAAUCCUCCUCUCAAAUGCUGCAACAAGGAGAGCUCCUCUGAGUAUUACAGAAGCAGAAACUGCAAUCCGUGACAUGGCACUGUUGUUGUACCAAGCCCAGCAACUUCAUUAUGAUAGUGCAACGAUGAUCAUGAAGUUGAAAGCUAAAAUCCAGACUCUGGAUGAAAAAAUAAGCUCAAUCAGUGACAAGAGUUCAAAAUAUGGACAAAUUGCUGCUGAAGAAGUUCCCAAAAGUCUGUACUGCCUUGGCGUUCGCCUGACCACGGAACGAUUCAGAAACUUGAACUUACAGAGGAAGCUCAAUGAAAAGAAGCAAAUAGAUACAAAACUUAACGAUAACGAUCUCUACCAUUUCUGUGUAUUCUCUGACAACAUCCUGGCCACUUCAGUUGUUGUCAACUCGACUGCUUUGAAUUUGAAAAAUCCCGAUAGGGUUGUUUUCCAUAUCAUAACUGAUGAGGUCAAUUAUGCAGCAAUGAAGGCAUGGUUCUCGAUUAACAGUUUUAGAAGGGUGACUGUUGAUGUUCGGAAGUUUGAGGAUUUUAGCUGGUUAAAUGCUUCCUAUGUCCCAGUACUCAAGCAACUCCAAGACUCGGAUACUCAGAACUAUUAUUUUUCUGGCAGUGGUGGUGAUGGUCACACUCCGAUCAAGUUUCGAAAUCCCAAAUAUCUUUCAAUGCUGAACCAUCUCAGGUUCUAUAUACCAGAAGUUUUUCCUGCCCUUAAAAAAGUUGUGUUUCUUGAUGAUGAUAUUGUUGUCCAGAGAGAUAUUUCUGGUCUUUUCAGUAUUAAUUUGAAUGGUAACGUAAAUGGAGCGGUCGAGACAUGCAUGGAGACCUUCCACAGAUAUCAUAAGUACUUAAACUACUCCCACCCCCUUAUCAGGGAGCAUUUUGAUCCCGAUGCUUGCGGAUGGGCGUUCGGGAUGAAUGUUUUUGAUUUAGUAGAGUGGAGGAAGAGAAAUGUUACUGGCAUUUACCAUUACUGGCAGGAAAAUAAUGUCGAUCGGACACUAUGGAAACUCGGUACACUCCCGCCUGGACUGCUUACAUUCUAUGGGUUGACAGAACCAUUGGAUCCCUCAUGGCAUGUGUUAGGAUUGGGCUACACAAACGUCGAUCCUUGGUUGAUCGAGAAGGGCGCUGUGCUUCACUUUAAUGGCAACUCGAAGCCAUGGCUUAAGAUUGGGAUAGAAAAAUACAAGCCCCUUUGGGAGAAGUACGUUGACUAUACUCAUCCUCUAUUGCAAAGCUGCAAUUUCCAUUGAUUGAACAUAGAAAUUUGUGUUCUCCCCAGCCAAGAUUGUUGUUUAUGAAUAUCAAAAGAUCUGGGGACAUGGUGCAUGGACGUGCCAUUUUAUCACGAAUUCAAGCAUGACAAGUUGCUGUGACAUGAACCUUUGAAUAUAGAUAGAUAGCCUGAUGUUUUGAAGUCAAUUCCUGUCCUCGUAGGUUAGAGCGAACAUCAUUAGACCAUUUCUGUUGUGCCACUAACAGCAGUUGAUUCUAUAUUUGUAUCAGUAGCAGUCAUGCUCCCCAGGGAUAGGCAUCCUAACUUAUUUGAAUUUGGAUGUCUAAUUCUACGGAAGUUUGCAGCACUCCCUGUUAUUUAUGUAUUGCUAUUUCUCUCUUAAAUUGAUUUCGAAAGGUUUUAAGAUGAUUUUGUAGCAGUCGAUACUCCUCUCCAGACUUUUCCUUAAAAGGUCUACGCAAGAUUUUAAAAUGGGGAGAGAUUUUUACAUCUACUAUACCUGGGAUCUUCCCCUU